CAAACUUUUCCGGGCCACUCCGCGGCUCCAGACCGGGGGAGAAGGAGGGGGAACGGGAAAAGGAACCGAGGCGGCGGCGGCGGCGGCGCCCAAGGCUCGCAGGCGAGCCUCCCUCCGCGGCCGGCCCUGGAGCCCGGCGCGCGCGGCGACUGGACAGGGGGGAGUUGGGGAAGUGCCCGGCAAAGUGAGCGUCAGGCGCCGGGGGCUCCAAGAGCUGGGGUCCGGCCGGGGCCCCGCGCCCCCACCCCCGCCGCCCCCUGCGCCCCCGCCUCCGCCCUCCCUCAGCCUCCGCCUCCCGCUCCACUAGCGCCCGGCCCGCCGGCUCCCCGGCUGGGCUUAGGGAGCGUCCGGCGAAGGCAGGGCGGGGGCCCCGGCGCCGGGUCGUACAGGAUCCCGGGGCGGGGGCGGGGGUGGCAGAGGGACUGCGAGGGCAGGAGAGGAGGCCUGGGGCUGUGCCUUCGCAAGGCUUAAAGUUUCUUGCCGGAGUCGCCCGGCCGCCUCUGCAUAUGCCAAGUAACGGUCCGCAGGCAACGGGGCCCGGCCGGGCGCGCCCGGACCCCGGUGUGGGAGGGACUCCGUCGGCCCCGCGCGGGGUCCAGCGAGAUCGGUGCGGGCUCGGGGGCGGGUGGUUCCUCUCCAACAGGCUCUGGUCCCACGCCGGGGGCUGGCGGAAUCGGAGAGCUCAGGGAGACUUUUCCGGGCAGUUUCAACAUGGUCAGGAGGAGCCCGUUAUCCAAGCUGAGUCAAGGAGGAAGGAGAUGGGGGCGCGAGGGGACACGUAGAGCAGAGGUGGGAGAUCAGAGGGUUGACAGUUUAGCAGAAAUAUCUCGGGAAGGGUCAGAGAAGGGAGCGAGUGAGAGAGGGAGCGAGAGGAAGGGAGAGAGAGAGAAAGACCUCCUAGGUAUUACCCCAAACAAAAUCGUGGGAAUAAAAGAGAAAAGUGAUUGGCAAGAGCGCAGAAGGCGCAUGGGGGAGGGGAGAGAGCUGGGGACCAGACAGGGUGCCGGGGGGGUGGGGGAGCUGACGGAGGAUACUGAGUUUAAAAAGAAAAACCAACCCCCCAAAACAAACAAGCGAACUAGCGCCAGCUCAGACUGGGAAAGGAAACUUCUCGCUCCCCUCGCUCUCAGCCUGAUCACCCGGCGCGGGGCCGCGUUGACGCUCCCAAGCCGGACCCGGGGACGCGGCGCCGGCCUGGCCUCGGGCCUCCAGCAAGCCCAGCCCGCUCCUCGCGGGACCGCCGGGGCCCACUUGGAGCAACUUUUCUCUAGAGAAGACCAUUGUGCGCACCCCGGGCCUGCCCCUGAGCUGCGCGGCAAGGGGAGGGGGUGGCUGGGGGCGCGGUGAGAGGUGCUGGAGGGAGAAAAACACAAAGACGAGGGAAUUUUGAUUAGAGACAAAUGAUGCUUCUCUCUGUCUCUCUGUCUCUGUCUCUCUCUAGGUUUCGCGUGCGCGCGCGCGCGCAUGUGUGUGUGUGUGUGUGUGUGUGUGUGUCUUUUGCUUGUUGUGGUGGAGGUGUCGAGCCAUAUGGGGGAGUGAUAGAGGAAUUUUAGUCAGAAACUGUUCGUUAUGUUAUCCUGCCUUUUCCCUUUGUGCUGCCUUUGAUCUAUUUGCUUGGCUUAGUAUUACAAAAAAACAAGUACAAUAAUAUAUUCCGAGCUGCUUCUCCAGGAUCCAGUUCAGGCUGCUUCUUUUUAAGUCUCUCUCUCCCUCUCUCUCUCUCUCUCUCAUCCUCUCUCUUAAUUUAAUUUUUUCUUCACCCUAGUGUCUGGGAUUAUUUAAGGUGGUCCUUACACUGGAGACCUCCCCUUCCCCAUCUCUGGGUAAUUUAGUAGACACUAAAAUUACACCUAAUGUCCCCCUCUCCUCUGUUGUGUUUCCUCUGUUCCUUUUAUUAAAUGUUGGUUAUUGAUUUUCUAAAAUCAAUGUCUGUUGUGGGGCUUUUUCCCCCCUCUCACAAGUAUCUAAAGCACAUUGCUGAUCAACUAGAUAACAAAAGCUUUGUGUCAAGGAGGCUUUUUUUUUAUGUUAAACAGUCUUUUUUUUUUUUUUUUUUUUUUUUUGAGAGAGAGAGGGAAAGAAAAGAGAAUAAGAUUUAAAGCAAGGUUCUCAGAAGUGUCCUUUUGCACCAGAGACCAUUUAGAAUGUUUGUUUCUUCUUGUCUGCCUCCUCCAGCCCCCUUCAGGAUUUUGCCACUGUUGACUACCCUGUCCCCGGUAGUGAGGUCAGGCCAGAGCCCAGGCUGGGGAAGCAGAGAGCUCCAGGUUUCCUGGGAGCCCUGUGAGUGGGAGCUGGCAGAAAAGAGAGAGGCCUGCUGGGGGCUUCACAGGUGGAGCAGAGUGCCAGGGAGGUGCUCAGCCAUGGACACUGCUUGGUUCUUAGAACUGAACACCAUUUCCCCUUCACUCAGCCACUAACUUAGGAGAAGGCUCAACACUCCAAAGUGGAAAGUUGAAGGGUACAUUUUAAAGGCAUUUAGCCUAGACCCUACAACUUAACAGCAAUAAUUAUUUCCCAAUAAUUUGUGGGAGAACAUGCUGUGAAUUGGUUACUUGUCAGUGUUUUGCUUUGGGUUUAAUCUGACUGAGCAAUGUCCUGGUUUUGAAGCAGGUAGAAGAGGGUUUUUUUCACCCUUCUUCAUUUUCUUUCUCAUCAAGCACGUAUCCAAUGCCUUUCCCUUUGGGAAUUGCUAGGAUUUAUCUGAACUGAGUGGAUUUUUCUUCUUUCCUGGAUUCAUGGAAAAGAUGUCACUUUUGAGCUUGUGUCUUUGCCGAUAACACUAAAUAUGAUGAUGCUUAUCAAAAUCAUACAGAAAUUCCUGGAAAGGAAUAAUGCAAUACUAAUCAUAGAAGUAGAAGCUGCAUGGAGGUGGGGGGGAGGAGGGGAAGGAGGGGGGAGAUGGUCAUCCAGGAAACUAGAAUGGCACUUUAUAUAAUUUUAAUGAAGUCAACAGUGUGUGUAUGUAUGUAUAGAUAGAUAGAUAGAUAGAUAGACAGACAGACAGACAGACAGACAGACAGACUAAGGCGACAAGAAGAUAAAAUGUAUAAAGCAGUAUGUGUGCAUUUGGAAUGCUGGCCAAGAACAUGGGUUAGAAGACGAUGCUGUAUACGAUUAUUAAAAAGCAAAGGAGAAGGAGGCAGCUCGAGGAAAACAAAUGUACAAAGAGAGAAACAAGAAUCUAAAGACUCUCAGGCUAGCAAGAUGCCUGGCAAAGACAGUGCCAGGGCCAAGUAAACCCGUAGCAAACAGUCCCCUUUUCCCCACAUGGAAAGGACAAAAUCUCUUCUCAGAAAAUACGAUGUGCAGGAGGAAAGGAGAGAGGGGUGAGGGAGAAGGAGGCAAAAAGCAAGUUGCCCGAAGACAAGAAUGUGUGUCGGUUUCAAGAAAGUUCAGUCAGAUGAUCUUCAGUCGCCUGACUCACUUUGUAGUACUUUCACUGAAGCUGGAGAGGAGGGGGAAAACCCAGCCCCCCUUUUCAUUCCCCUGGUUAUACCCUACUAUCUCCACAUAGCCUUCCAGGCAGAAAUGAGCACUUGGGAGCAGGAGAUGCCCAGCUGCUGCCUGCCCCUGGCAAAGCCCCGUUGUAACUUGCAAAGUUUGUUGCUUUAGUCCCUGAUUCGGGCGCUAGGCUCCCAGGGAUGCUCGGCCACCCUCCUGCCUCCUGCGGAGCCUGGGAAGACUGGCCUGCCUCCCCAGCCCACAGUCUUCCAACAUCAGCCUCUGAAAAAAAUCACACAGACACAUGCACAUUUUUCACCAAAAUCAAACCAUAGAAACUACUUCUUUCAGAAAAGAGAAUGAAGUUGUCUUUUAAAUGAAAACUGAGUUAGGAGUGGUGGGAAGAGGGACAUGGCAAAAAGAGAGAAAAGUUAAAUUUGAUUUCAAAGUUUCACCUAAAGGGUUAGGCAUUGUAUGGUGGAGUGGGAGAGAUUUUUACAAACACCUUUGGUCUCUGAUUUUUCAGUAGGAAAGAAAAGGGAUAAAGUUGGGUAUUUUCAGGGCUUUGGAUCCUAGAGGAGAAACAAUCAGAUGAGCAGAAAUGAUUAUCCCUGUUUAAGAUAAGCCCUCACUCCCUUAACCACUUCCUGAGAGGGAGUGGAAAUGCUGGUGGUGAUGCUUGGAGGCAAUGGAGGACAGAGAAGUUGUUACGGUUUCAGAGAUGCUUAAAUGAAAAAGGAAAGAAGUGCAAGCAAGCCCCUUCUUGAGGAUGUGGUUCUUGGCUCUGCUCUCAGAGAGGUGAAGUUGGGAUGGGGCAGCUGUGAGUCAGAGCCCCUCAGUGCGCUAUGAGGCAAGGAAGUUUCCUUCGCAUUGUAGUCAGUUCAGACUUGGUGAUCUUUGCUUAUGAGUGUGGAACCCUUUUGCAAGUAGCUUUCUUGUAAAGUUGAUGAGACUGUUUUGUUGACUCUCAGAACACUCAGAGGCAGUUUGUUUGUCAGGUACCAGUUCUGAGGGCACCCCAAAGAUAACCAUCUCCAUCCUUUUCUCUCUGUGAAGAGCUUCUGCAAGUUUUGUCAUGCUGCACACACACAAAGCUAGGGGCUGUGUAUCUAGACUGAUCUAUUUGUUUUAUUUCGGUUUGGAAAAACUAAGUCAACUGGGGUAGAAACAUGCCUUCCUUCGCAGCAGAGUCACCAGCCUGCUGGCAUCCAUAGCAUGACUCUCCACCAGGCGUAGGGGUGGGCCAAGGAUCUUAAACUUUACAUUAUUUCUCUAUCACCACAUAAAGAUAACUUCAUGUCUUUAAGCAUUUAUUUCCAAAUACGAAAAAAGCCAAGAUUAACGUUCCCCACUAAAUUGCUAUGUCAUAUGUUUCAGAUGCUUCCUUUCUUGCUUGCUUAAUUUACUCAAAGAAAAUUCCAAGAGGUUAUCAAAGGCACUAAUGCCAUAUUAAGAGUCUUUCCUGGGAAAAAAAAAUGUGUGUCUACCCUGAAGGUAGGAAAGGAGGGUAUUUCCAGCUCUCUAAGCAAUGCCGGAUUUAUUCCAAGAUGUGGGAGAUUCUUUUCCUUACAACAGUUUUUGUUAUCUGCAUUCUUCCAAGGCUUUUAAGGUGCAUUUUCUUCUGUGUGAAAGAGAACUCUUUGUCCUUUUCCUCUCCAGCACCGUGGCUUCCCAAGGUAGACACUAUUUUGUGCCUGUCACAGAGAGAGGGAGUGCAGGUUUGCAAUGCUCACAGACAAUUGAUUGUCUGCCCUAAUGUGUUUCAUUUACAUGUUUAUAACGUCAAUGGUGCUGGGGUGUCCACUGUACCAUUCAUUCCCGCAUUCCCACAAGGGGGCAAUUGUCUGAAUGGCCAAGUCAGACACCUUUUUGAUUGCUCUUUGGUUGUCUUUUUAGAGCAGAGAGAUAAAGGGGGAAAAUCUGUGAUGCAGAAACACUAGUUGAAAAUAUACAGAAUUAAAUGUCACCACAAAAGCAGAUGUUAACAUAAGCCCAAAUAUGCUUUUUAGCCAAGAUGUGAAGGUUGAAAAAAUAAUUCAAAGCAGAGGGAAGGAUGAUUUAAAACCAAUAAAUAUAGCCCUAUUCCCCUCCUCGCUAUUUCUUUUUUUUUCUUUAGCAAUCAGAAGAUGAAAUGUGAUUUUUCCUUUUCAUUUUUAAGCCUUGAAACAUCUAGGCACCUCCUCGUUAUUUGUAUGUUUGCUGUGAUUUGUGAAUUUUGUAUAUAUUUACAUAGCUCUGUUUAUGCCAACAACAUCAGCUUACCACUUGGAAAAAUCUAUUGAAUGACUAUUUGGGCUGUGGGGAGUGUAAACUUUUAAAAAGUAAGAUCCAAGUAUUUCUUCAUCAAGCCUUUUUGAAAAGGCAAGCACUAAUAAUCAGUAGACUCUGCGGAAGUCUUUGCCUUAAUAGCCACAUGCCAAAUACUUUUAUCUUGGGUGACAGUCAUGUCAGAGUGAGACCUCUCAGGAAAAGUGUAACUCCUAGUUACAAAGUAAAUAAAGAAUUUCGUUUUAA